AUGUCGAUGCUUAGAACAGUUAAACCAAAGAACGCUCGUGUGAAACGUGCUUUGGAAAAAAGAGAACCUCAAUUGAUAGAAAAUGAGAAGACUGCCAUAUUCGUCAGAGGUCAAAAUACUAGUCAGAGAGUGAGAGAUUGUAUGAAAGAUUUGUACGCACUCAAAAGACCUCUGGCUAUCAAUUUUUCUCAUAAGAAUGACGUUCAUCCAUUCGACGAUACCUCCUCUUUGGAAUUCUUCGCAAGGAAAAACGAUGCAAGUCUCCUUAUCACAGGUUUACACAGUAAGAAAAGACCACAUGAUUUAGUUUUGACUAGGAUGUUCGAUGGGAGGGUUUUGGAUAUGUUGGAAUUGGGUGUGGAAGGGUUCAGAGCGAUGUCGGAUGUUCCAAGCGUUAAAAGUUCUCUUGGAGCCAGACCACUUAUAGUCUUCCAUUCCGAUCUUUUCGAUACUCAUCCCUCAUAUCAACUUCUUAAAUCCUUCUUCUUAGAUAUCUACAACGGUCAUUCCCUAUCCGAACUCCCCUUAACAUCUAUAGAACAUGUCAUCUCAAUCACAGCCUCUCCUCUUCCCUCUUCUACCACUACCACCUCUGAAGCAGCGUCACAAAACCCUGCUUUGAUUCAUUUCAGAGUAUACACGAUCAAACUAUCGUCAUCAGGAACAAAAAUCCCUGAAAUGCAAUUGACUGAAAUGGGACCUUCUAUCGACUUUACAAUUCGAAGAACCAAAGAAGCCGAGGAUGAAAUGAUGAAAAUGGCUUUGAAACGUCCUAAGAUAGAUAAGAAAGAUGUCGAGAGUGGUUUGGGUAAGAAGAGGAAGAAUAUAGAGACUGAUGAAAUGGGGGAUAAAGUUGGAAGAAUACAUUUGGACAAACAGGAUCUGUCAAAGUUACAAUCUAGGAAGAUGAAGGGGUUGAAGAAAUCUCGAGGGUGA